AUGAAGUGGCUAUCUGUUCUGCCCCAACAGUGUAUUUUGCUGAUGACAUGUCUCCUAAUGACCUUGGAAGCUGUACCUAUAGAUAUAGAUAAGACAAAAGUCAAAGGAGAAGGCCACAUAGAAGGAGAGAAGGUAGAAAAUCCAGAUACAGGACUUUAUUAUGAUGAAUAUCUCAGGCAAGUAAUAGAUGUCUUGGAAACAGAUAAGCAUUUCAGGGAGAAACUCCAGACUGCUGACAUAGAGGAAAUAAAGAGUGGAAAACUAAGCAGAGAGCUUGAUUUAGUAAGCCACCAUGUGAGAACACGGCUGGAUGAACUGAAAAGACAAGAGGUGGCAAGAUUAAGAAUGUUAAUUAAAGCUAAAAUGGAUUCUGUUCAAGACACUGGCAUGGACCAUCAGGCUCUCCUUAAACAGUUUGAACACCUGAACCAUCAGAAUCCUGACACGUUUGAACCUAAAGACUUAGAUAUGUUGAUCAAAGCAGCUACAAGUGACCUGGAAAACUAUGAUAAGACCCGCCAUGAGGAGUUUAAGAAAUAUGAGAUGAUGAAAGAACAUGAGAGGAGAGAGUAUUUAAAGACACUGGAUGAAGAAAAGAGGCAGCGAGAAGAAUCCAAAUUUGAGGAGAUGAAGAAAAAACAUGGAGAUCACCCUAAAGUUCACCAUCCUGGAAGCAAAGAUCAACUGAAAGAGGUGUGGGAAGAAGCAGAUGGACUAGAUCCUAAUGAAUUUGACCCCAAAACAUUUUUCAAAUUACAUGAUGUCAAUAAUGAUGGUUUCCUGGAUGAGCAAGAAUUAGAAGCCCUAUUUACUAAAGAGCUAGAAAAAGUGUACGAUCCCAAAAAUGAAGAGGAUGAUAUGGUUGAAAUGGAAGAAGAAAGGCUGAGAAUGAGAGAACAUGUAAUGAAUGAGGUUGACAUCAACAAGGACCGUCUAGUGACUUUGGAAGAGUUCCUGCGAGCUACAGAGAAAAAAGAAUUUUUGGAGCCAGAUAGCUGGGAGACACUAGAUCAACAGCAGCUCUUCACUGAGGAUGAGCUGAAGGAAUUUGAAAGUCAUAUUUCUCAGCAAAAUGAACUUAGAAAGAAGGCAGAAGAUCUUCAGAAGCAGAAGGAAGAGCUACAGAGGCAGCAUGACCAGCUUCAGGCUCAGAAACAAGAGCUUCAGCAGGUUGUAAAACAGAUGGAACAAAAGAAACUACAGCAAGGAAAUCCUCCUGCAGGACCAGCUGGAGAACUGAAAUUCCAACCCCCUGGGGAACACAAAGUUGGAGAUGCACCAAAACAUCCUGCGGGAGGUGAUCAGCCUUUACCACCAGGACAUGUUCAAGAACCAGCUGCUAGAACUGAUCAAGUUCACCCUUAACCACUUGUGCCUCAACUUUAUAGCAUCUUUAUUAUUUGGGGGGGGUGGGGGGGGUGGGGGGCAGGAAAUCAGAGUAAAACAUGAACUCUCCACUUUCUUCCCCAGAUUGUAAAAUCGUUGGGAAUGUUAGAGAUGAAGUAUCAAUCAGAUUUGAACUAUAAGCUAAUUUUCUCUCCAAUGCAUCAGUGAGAAACACAAGGGGAUCAUUUAGAGGCUGUAACAGAAGAGGGAAUUAAGGAAACUAUUAAUACUAAAGAUUUUUGUGGCCAGGGGGCUGAACUGUUGAACUCUUCUCUUACAAAAAAGGGAGGAGAUGUCUGCCAUUCUGUGUUUAGGCAUGAAUCGAAAUCUUCUCAGAGAGGAAGCAGGGAACUGGCCUGAAUGUUAAGUUAGGUCUAGUUUUAUGUAGAAACUCUUUCCAGAAAUGCUGAGAAGCAAAAUGUGGGGAAACAAAGACCAUAGAUAAAGGCCUACCGUUUCCAGCACUAUCAAACCCUUUCUUCCUUGAGACCAAAUAAAAAUCAAACUUCU